AUGUACGUCGUUUCAAAAUUCCAGGACCAGCAGCAGAAGAAGGCGCCCCUUGACAAUUUCGACGAUAAGGGUAGUGUUCGUCUUCUCAAGGAGCCACCGAUCUCGACAGCAGGGACGAAGCCUAUCUUGUCCGUGACGUUGGUCGCCAAUGGCCAUGCAUCUUCGCAUCACCCCUGCCCGACCCGUGUGUCCUCACCUUCGAACUUGGUGAUUGUCACAGCCUGUGAUUGA